ACUGUGUGUUACGAUGUGGCCUCAGAAGCUUAGUGCAGAAUCCGUAGCACCAAAUCUAACGUAGAAAGUUAAGAUUCUCCCUCGGUUUCAAAGAACACACCUUCUGAAAAUGAUAGUCUUUGUCAGAUUCAGCUCCAGCCAUGGCUUCCCAGUAGAUGUGGACGUGGGUGCCACCAUACUCCAGCUCAAGGAGGCGGUUGCUAGGCAACAAGGGGUUCCAGCUCACCAGCUGCGGGUGAUAUUCGCAGGGAAGGAGCUCGGGAAUGACUCCACGCUGCAGAGUUGUGAUCUGACCCAUCAGAGCACGGUUCAUGUUGUUAUGCACUCGCCACGGCAAAACAGGAGGGCGGCCAGAGAGAUGGGAGCCAUGAGCAAGGGCUUGCAGAGAGGGCUGCUGAGAGAAGUAGGCAGUCUGACUCGGGUAGAGCUCAGCUCAUCUGUUCUGCCCACUCAUUCAGCAGGACUGGCUGCCAUACUGGAGGAUGAGCUCAGCAGUGAGCCAGCGCAGACUGACCCAGCAGAUUCAAGCCACCGCAGCAGCUUUUAUGUAUUCUGUAAGACUGUUUGCAAAGCAGUGCAACCUGGGAAACUCAGGGUACGAUGCAAGAGGUGCAAACAAGGGACGCUGACACUGAGCAGGGGCCCUUCAUGUUGGAAAGAUGUGCUUAUUCCAAAUAAGAUAGCUGGUGUUUGCCAGUCUCGGGACUGUGACGGGAAUGUGGCGGAUUUUUUCUUUAAGUGUGGAGCCCACCCCACACCUGACAACGAUACCUCGGUGGCACUGGAUCUCAUUACCCCCAACUACAGAAACGUCCCCUGCUUAGCUUGCACUGAUGUUACGAGCCCUGUGUUAGUGUUCCAGUGCUUGGACCGCCAUGUCAUCUGCCUGGACUGUUUCCACCUGUACUGCGUGACAAGGCUGAAUGACCGGCAGUUUGUUCAUGACCCUCAGAUUGGAUAUUCUUUGCCAUGUGCAGCUGGCUGUCCAGACUCUCUUCUUAAAGAGCUUCAUCAUUUCCGAAUCCUCGGAGAGGAGCAGUACGAUCGCUACCAGCUCUAUGGGGCUGAAGAGUGUGUGCUUCAGAUGGGGGGUGUCCUGUGCCCUAGGCCUGGCUGUGGAGCUGGGCUGCUCCCUGAAGAUGGACAGAGGAGAUUAGAGUGUGAACAAAGACGUGGGCUUGGAUGUGGGUUUGUGUUCUGCCGUGAGUGCAAGGAGGAGUAUCACGAAGGGGACUGCAGCGCAACCCACAGGUGGGAGAGAGGUGUUGACAUGCAGGGGUAUGUUAUUGUUGAGGAAGCUGCCAGGCAUGCCAGGUGGGAGCAGGCUUCACGAGACAUUAUUUUGGAAACCACCAAGCCCUGCCCGAAGUGCCACGUCCCAGUGGAGAGAAGCGGUGGAUGCAUGCACAUGGUCUGCCCGCGAGCUCAGUGCAGGUUUGAGUGGUGCUGGCUCUGCAGUGUCGAAUGGAACCGGGAAUGCAUGGGAGAUCACUGGUUUGGCUGAACACAAUAUGAAUAAGAAUGCCUAUGCACGUUGUACCUCGAAUCCUCAUUUUAAAGUUUGAGCCUGGCUGCAUUUUUGUUUUGUUUUUUUAAUAUCAAGGAAAUUUAAUAUCAAUGCAAACUGUUAAAUAAGCACAGGACCUGGCAAUCGUACAUUAUUUGUAAAUUAAAGUUCUGUUACUUCAGGCUUGUGUUUUACAAGCUGUAGAAAAUUGCUGUCAUUCAAUAUCACAAAUGCACAAAAGUAAAAAAAAAAUCUAAAUCUAUAAAUAGUUACAAAAAAAUAAAAAAACAUCUGUACAUAGUUACAAUUCCAAGACAUAUAUGCGAUGAGUUCAUUAGAUGCAUGAUUUCAAUGCUGUAUUUUAUACAAAUAAUCUGCAGGUCAAGUACAUUAAACUGUCAUGCUGUAAAUGAAUGUGAGACUCAUGCAUGUUCACUAGUCUCCUGUGCAAAACCUCAAAAAACCACUAGAUGUCACCAGUCACAAACCUUAGAUUUUGUUACACUGGACAUUGCAAGUUCAUAACACUUAAUCAGUUGUUUAAAAAAUGCAUUCAGGUUUUUCAAGGCUUUGAAUAUGCUAUGUGCUGGAGUUGAAAUCAUUAGAACUUAAUCAGUUGUUUUGUCAAUUUCAUUUGUUCGAACACAAAAUGUAUUACUCAAAAAAAAUCUGACACUGUACUGUACAGUAGUUAAAAAGAAAUAAAAAAAAAAAAAAAAAAAAUAAAAAAAGUU